AUGAAGGCAUCAGAGCAGAAGCACAAGCAGCUCCAGUUGCAGAGGUCAGAUUAUGGUGGUUUGGGCACAUGUUCAGGAAAGCAGACGGCAUUCUGGGGAAGAAGAUUUGUGAGAAACCAGAAGAAGGAAAAAGGAUGUCUAACAAAGAGAUGGAUCGAUUAUGAGAAAAGACCUGUGUAUACAUCAGCAGUAAUUGCUAAAAGGAAAGCUUGUGUCCCAUUAAUAAAGAGCCUCAAGAAAUCAGACACAAAAGCCCAAAUUCUUUUUCCAGCAAGAAUCAGAAUCUCUUUAUGUGAUGGACAAAAAAUGGCACUUACGUAUUAUCACAACCAGUUUCUAAACAAGUGGUUGCGCAUGGUAAGGAUGGAUAAAAAGCAUGACUCUGCAAAACCUGUCAUGUCUCUAUCAGAACUUGUAGAAGGUCUUGAAAAAUGUUCUGGCAAAGUGAAGUUUAAAUACCCCUCCCAUCAAACAAGUUUUUCAGAUGAUGUAUUGAUACUUAAAAAUACCACAAAAACACAUCAAGUGGAUCAACUAGCAAAAAGUCUUGGACAGAAACCUAAAAAAGCAUACAGUCUGAGAAUACGUGCUGAGCCCUCUAAAUUCAGUACAUCAAAGAAGACAGUUGCCGAAUACAAAAGGAAUCGGGUGACACCUAAAGCACGUCAGCACAAUGAUUGUGAAAAAAGCUUCCAGUGUAAACAAUCUCAUGACAUUCAAAAGCUUAAUCCUACAGGUGAGAAGCUGAUAAAAAGUGCUGCUUGUGGAAUGAGUUCGAAACACAGAACUGACUUCAAUAAAAAGUGCCAGCAAGACCAAAACAAUAAACAUAUGAGUGAAAAUUCCAUCAAACCUGCUGAAUACAAUAGUCAUGUAAAUAGAUUUCAGAGUAAGAAACCCCAGCAAGUUCAUUCUAAGGAAAAACCCCAUAAAUGUGCUGAGUGUGGUAAGUGUUACAAACAUAAAUCCCACCUUCAUAGACAUCAGCUGAAUCAUAAAGGAUUAAAACGUUAUGAGUGUAAAGAUUGUGAAAAGUCGUACAAAGACAAAGCAGCACUUUACCGCCAUCACUGGGUACAUACAGAGAAUAAGCCAUUUGAAUGUACUGUGUGCCGGCUAGGUUUUGUAAGGAAAGCUAAUUUUGAAGCUCACAGUUUGAUACAUAAUUCAGAAAAUAUGUUUAAAUGCAGUGAUUGUGGGCGAACAUUCACUCGGAAACGUUCACUCAUGCAACAUCAGUUUAUUCAUGCUGAAGUGAGACCGUUUAAGUGUAUCACAUGUGGGAAGAGUUUUGCUAGUCAUACUCGACUUGUUAGACAUGAGAUGAUUCACACACAAGAGAAACCUUUUAAAUGUACUGAAUGUGGGAGAAGUUUCAAUUACAGACCACAUCUUAUUAGACACCAGCUAAUUCACACAGUGAAGCCUUGUGUGUGUGAAGAGUGUGGAAUGAGUUUUAGAAGAAAAAAUCAUCUCCUCAGCCAUCAUUUAGUGCACACAGGAGAGAGGCCUUUUGAAUGUAGUAAGUGCUGGAGAACGUUUGCAGAGAAAGCUCAAGUCUCUCAACAUGAGAAACUCCACAGCCAGGAAUGCAAGUUUACAUGUUCUGAAUAUGAAAACAUUUACUCAGCUGAAACAAGUUUAUGUCGACAUCAGCAAAUUAAGCAAAAAAGAAUGCAAUAA